AUGGGCUUUCCAUUCCAAGGUAAUCAUGUGCAACGCAUGGAUUUUUCAAAACGCAGACGCAACGUGUCUAGACCCUCUUGAACGAGCCCUCUGAUCACGUGGUUUCUAGAGCGUCAACCAACAUGGCGACUUCCAGUGAGAGUUCUGAAAGUACUUUGAGAAAAAGACGCGUCGAAACAUUUAAAACAACGACACAUUCAGAUGACGACGACCCAAAGAAUGAAGAGGACACUUGCAAAGCAAAAAAUAAAGAAUUGGUUACAUUGCAAACCGGGACUUACUGGCUCACUCGAAUUGUGCUUCUACGUUCCAUUACUUUCAUCUACUGUAAGUAGAUUUUUUUUAAAAAGUCAUUUAGCAGACGCUCUUAUCCAGAGCGAUUUACAGGCGCAAUUAGGGUUAAGUGCCUUGCUCAAGGGCACACCGAGAGAUUUUUCACCUAGUUGGCUCGGGGAUUAGAACCAGCGACCUUUCGGUUACUGACACACCGCGCAUAACCACUAAGCUACCUGCCGCCCUAGUUCGAGUGUGACAUUCUGACAAUGUAGCGAGUUAUGAUGUACUGGCAUUGGCUAUAUUAUUGUCGUCAGUUUUCAUGUGUGUGUAUUGUAUGGUGGUAGUUGGAGUUAAAACCAAUUUAAUGUUUAAGUAGGCAUGGACAUGGACACAAUUCACAUGACCAUUUACCAAGAAACAUAGCAAUUGUUCUCAUGUCACAUUCUUAAAUGAACCAGACAGUUCUAGUACUCAUAAACCUAUCUUUAUUCACCUCACACUUCCUCUCUCUUUCUCCUCCCUCCCCCUGUAGUCAUUGCAUUCACUGUUGCCUACAACCAGAACAAACAGCUGAUAGGAGAGCGAGGCCUCUUGCCCUGUAAGGAUUACCUUCUCAGUGUGAAGCGCUAUGUGGGGGGGAAGAUCGAUAUGUCUGCCUUCGCCUACACUCCCUCUAUCCUGUGGUUCCUGGACUGGACAGACAUGGAUGCCAACCUGGAUGGCAUUGCCCUGGUGGGGAUGGCGUUGUCAGGCUUUGUGUUGCUGACUGGCACUGCCAACAUGAUCAUCAUGGCCAUGCUGUGGGUGCUCUACCACUCUCUGGUCAGCGUGGGGCAGAUCUGGUGAGUGAUGGGUUGGUACACACCACAGGAGGUUGGUGGCACCUUAAUUGGGGAGGACGGGCUCUUGGUAAUGGCUGGAGCGGAAUGAGUGGAAUGGUAUCAAAUGCAUCAAACACAUGGUUUCCAUGUGGUUGAUGCCAUUCCAUUUGCUCCGUUCCAGCCAUCAUUAUGAGCCGUCCUCCCCUCAGCAGCCUCCACUGGUACACACACAGACACUGCUGUCUAUGUUCCAUGUGUGUGGUAAGGUGUAGUUUACGGGGUUGUGUCUGGGCCAGUGGGAGGGGGACCCAGUAGUGAGUGAGAGAACAUGUUGAUGGGGCCUCUGUGUUGUGGGUAGAAGAUAGUUCAGUCUCGAGUCUGUGGGAAGGAUGGACAGUGCAGCAAUACAGACAGACAAACACAUGGCCGUCCUCCCUCAUUCUCUCAGCUCUCUUGAAGUUCUUAGUGGCUCUGAAGAAUAAGAUGAGGAGCGUAGACAACUAGACAUGUGACAUUUUCAAAAUUCAAAAGAAAUUACUAAAGACAUUUUUGGAAAUUGUUCACUAUCUACUUCUUAUGUUCUGAAUGAAAAAGGUUUAUUUGGAGACAUCAAGGCCAUCAUGCCAACACUGAUUCAGUUAGCUGAUUAGUCUAAAAGGGUCAAUACUGGUAUGUCCCACUUUUUAGUCCAGUGUGUUUAAUAGGAGUAAGUCAAUUUAUUUAUCAACACUAUUCAGGGUUUAAUCUUUAUAAACUUCUGACACUUACAUGUAAUUUGAUAUGUACGAUUGUGGGUACAGGAUUGCUAUUUGCCAGUAAGUGCUUGGUACAGAAUGUAGGUUAGGCCAACUCUAAUCAGAUCAAAAUAUCUAUUUUUAUGCUGAUCUAUGACAUUUUUUCCCUCUCCUUACAGGUAUUCGUUUGGUAAGUUAACUUCUUACUUUCAAUUACAUUUGUAAGACUACAACAUCCAUCUGCACCUGGGCCCGGUUUCCCGAUAGCGAUGCAACUUACAUGUAGGCUUCCAAGUGUUUUAACGAUGCAUCAAUCCUACAACGGCCGAAGAUGUAACAUGCGUUUCCCAAAACACCUCGCAGUUUGCUAAGCGCGUCGUUGGAGCAUGUGUCAAUACUGAUCGAAUCUAAAGAAAGGCAGCACUGCUCUCGGAUCAGCUUUCUCCAUUUAAAUCGUACCUUUUAAUAAGAAUUAUUCCACAAUACUGACGACAGAUUAGGUCCUAGACCUAGUGAGAUAUUAUCACCUAUAUAUGGCUGCAAAUAUUGAGGCAGCUCAGCUAAUGCUUACCCUAUAAUAGUGCACUAAAUCACUGAUUUGGCACACUAAAUCACAGAUUUGGCACAUCAUUGUACACGUUGUUACACAUUAUGAAAUAUAUUGAGGCAAAAAUGACAGCCAUAGUGUAGCCUACAAUGAGCAAAAUAGAACUCAAUUGACUAAAAGGGAUACUUCGGGAUUUUGGCAAUGAGGCCCUUUAUCUACACCCCCAGAGUCAGAUGAACUCAUGGAUACAAUUUCUAUGUCUCUGUGUCCAGUAUGAAGGAAGUUAGAGGUAGUUUUGCGAGCCAAUGCUAACUAGCGUUAGCACAAUGACUGGAAGUCUAUGGGUAUCUGCUAGCAUGCUUGCUAGCAGAUACCCAUAGACUUCCAGUCAUUGUGCUAAUGCUAGUUAGCAAUUGCGCUAGCGCUUGUUAGAAACUUAAUUCAAACUGCAUGCAGAGACAAAAAUGGUAUCCACGAGUUCAUCGGACUCUGGGGAAGUAGAUAAAGGACCUCAUUGCCAAAACCCCGAAGUAUCCCUUUAACAUGAAAUUGAUUUCAAAAUGAUUGAAAUAGAAAGGCCUUUGUAGCCUAUAGGGUAUUUAUUUUGUUUAUGCAGUCAUCUCGGGUUUUCAUUUGAAGCAUAUUUAUAUCCUUCUCUUGUUUGUAACAAUUGCAAACACACUGGCAACUGUGAAGGCCUAUUUGUAGUCAACAAUUCGUUCUGGUAUUGGCAGUCACAGAGAGAGACAUAGUGUUUAUACAGCUUGAUUCUAUGUUUAGUGGAGAUCUUCUGUGUAUAAAGUGAUGCGGAAGGGCAAAAAAGCAUCUAGCGACGCACUUAGCUGUCCUACCAGUGGUCGGUAAACAACGAGCGUUUUCAAGUCUGUCCUACCAGUGGUCCUCUGUAGCUCAAUUGGUAGAGCAUGGCGCUUGUAACGCCAGGGUAGUGGGUUCGAUCCCCGGGACCACCCAUACAUAAAAAUGUAUGCACACAUGACUGUAAGUCGCUUUGGAUAAAAGCGUCUGCUAAAUGGCAUAUUAUUAUAUUAUAUUAUAUUAUCUUGAGUAACGAUGGUUUUGGGAAACAGCGCUGAGAUUUAAAGAUGCUCCUACGAAGGUUCUAACGAUGAACUUAGCCUUAACAUGCUUUUGAGAAACCAGGCCCUGGACCUGAGAUUCGUAACAGCCUGCUCUUUGUCACUCCACAACCUAGCUCUUGUCUAACCUUCCCACAACCACUACAGAGUCCUUGUUUUCCCCUUUCCUUUGAUUAAGCAAUCACAUUCAGCUCAGAUGUGUUAAUAUGAUCUGGACCUGCGUCAUAGUCGGAGGUUUGGGAUGACUACAUUUCAAUACAUAAUCUCAUCAUCGCUCUGGCGAUGGUCGAGGUCGUCAGCACUCAGCUGACAUGGUUUAAUGCCCCUCACUGGUCUCUAUUGACAAAUUGGCCUACUGGCAUAGAGAUCAAAGUCAGUGUAUCAUGCCACCCAAAACCCCAUUAUCCUCAGACCUCAGUAAACAUCUGGCCCUGGGUGGGCCUGGCUGUAUUCAAAACGUGUCUCAGAGUAGGAGUGCUGAUAUAGGAUCAGUUUUGUAAUUAAUAUUAUUAUAUGGACAGGGAGGACCUGAUCCUAGAUCAGCACUGCCCAGGGUUAGCAGAUGUGGCUGGUUCAGCUUCAGCUGGUCUUUGUUGCCUGCGCAGGAUUCCUCAGUUGUCAUCCCAGUCACUCAAUUCAUCAGACUGUUGAGGUUUUAUGGGACCAGUUCUCUAAUCUUUCAGACGGAGUAAGGGUGUCCAAUUUAAUCGCAGCAGGGCUGAGUGUAAAUAGUUCAGAUAAGAGCCCAGGUCAAUUUGACCUCUCUGAUUGGUUAAUGACAAUUUGGAGUGAAAGACGCCAGUCGGAGGUCUGUGGUCAGGUUUUGUGGUCUCUUUUUUUCUCCUUUCUCGUUCCCUCGCUCAUUAUACAGAAUACCUGUUUAUCGAGGAAAUCAAACACUGUAGAGACAGUGCUAGUUAAAAUAAAUUAAAACAGAACCAAGAAGAAAUGUAUUUCCUCCUUCUUUAGUCCUUAGACUGUUCAACUACAGACUCUGUGUCCCUCGAUAUCUCUACGUCUUUGUCAUUAUCUCUGUCUGCACUGUAAAUCCAUCUCUGGCCUCCUCACCAUACUGUGGUUUCAUGUCAACUGAGCAGGGCUACAAAAACCGUCUUUGUUAGGAGGGGCGAACAGGCCAACAGCUGCACAGAUCACACUGGAUCUCUCUGAAGAGAAACUGGAGCAGGUGGGUCUUCACUACAGCCCUCUGCUGCAUUCACAUCACGCCAGUCUGUGGAAUUAGAUCGACUGACAUGUUUGUAUCGUGCAUGAGUGCAUGGCCUCACACACCCAUGACGGCACACGUGCACUACCUCUGAACCUUUUCACUUUACAUUUAUGAACAAGCCUGCAGUGUAUGGCCAUCAGGACAUAUGCACAUAGCCAGAGGUUGUUAUCUGUGGUCAUCACUGUAGAAUGACAGAUGUUUGCAUAGACAGAUGGGUAACUGGCCCUACAUCACUUCUACAAUUGCAGCUGGCCAUAUUUUGGUUAUUCAAAGCAUCCCCGGCUGCUCUCCUUGCUUUAACUGUAAGUAAUGCUUCAGAAUGGUGAGGGCAGCUCAGAGUAUAACAUAAAAUGCAAAGUGACAUGCAAAAGGGGAAUUUGCAUUUUUUUGUUAUCCACUUUUUAACUCUCCCCGGCCUUAACUUUUAGACUUUCCCUACUUCAUCACAGAUGGGGUAACUGAGUAGCUUCACUGAUGUAUGUAUCCAUGCUGCAUUCACAUGCUGAGAGAUGUGGUAACCUUUGACCUUUGCCGCACUUGUCCUUUACCAAUCGCCUUUUCUCUCAUAUAUCCCAUGUCUUCAUCUCUCCUGCCCCUUAGUCAUCUCGUUCCAUAUCUUGGGCCCUCUCAUUCUCCUUCUUUACUCACACACACAAACACUGUCACUCUAUAUUCUCUCCACAUCUGCUUGACUAUUCGUCAUGCCCCUGUCCUUUUUCUGUAACCCCUGUCUCCUGUUCUCCCUCUCCCUGACGUCCUUUCUCUGAACAUUUGCUCUCUCUCUCUGUCUGUCUCUCUCUCUCUCUCUGUCUGUCUCUCUCUCGCGCUCUCUGUCUCUGUCGCUCUCUGUCUCUCUCCCCCCUUUCCUCUCACUUCUCCCUCUCUGUCUUCAGGUUGGGAGAGUCAAUUGUUGGAGACAGGCUUCUUGGGGAUCUUCCUGUGUCCUGUGUGGAGUCUGUCCCAGGUGCCCCCCGCUGCCCCCCCUCGCUGAUCUCCAUCUGGACCUUCCGCUGGCUCAUCGUCCGGAUCAUGCUGGGCGCCGUGAGUGACACACACGCACACGCACACAAACCUAUCACACUGACACUGAAUUCCCCUCAUAGUCUGUGGGGGAAAAACGGUUGGAAUUGUUUGUGAUUUGUCAUUUGCCUUGUUUAUAAGAAAAGUAUCUACUGGGCUUAGACACUUCUCUAUGGUAAAAAAAAACACCACCCCAAAGAAAAACAUACGUUGUAAAUGCAAAUAUGGAACCAGUCAGUCAGGCAACUUGUUUGCCACUUUUAUGGUUUAGUGGAGAGAGAACACCCAACCCAGUACUGUUGUCUUUUAAAAUCGUGGGGGUUGAAACUUGCCACAAUGCCCAAAGUGUUUUUUCAAUUAGGCCCAUAAAGAGGACGGAGCAACGAGGGAGCUAUAUGUUCAUUCAGCUUACCUCACUGCCAAGAGUAUGAUUGACUUUAAGUGCUUACAACUGUACAAGCCCCUAUAGUAAAUUCCCCUAGACACAAAGUCAUUACAACACAUUUAUUAAAAACAGAAAAGCACUUUAGGUCCCCUCAGACAUGGCUGAGGCUUAACCAAUAAGCAGCUAUUUAAUCGCGGGGUAAUCAUGAUUUUUAUUGUGGUCAGGGCAGCUAGGGUACAAAUGGUUUUUUUCUAUAAUUGAAAGCAUAUCGUUUAGAAAAUUGACUCAGAGCUAGAUUUUUGGAUGACAUUAGGUUCAAGUUGAAACCUUUUUAGGAAAUUCUUGUCAAGUCUGAAAGUCUUAAAUUCCUUAGAUUGACACUGGCAGUGUAAAUACAGUAUAGUACAUUAUAAAGGCCAUGCUACAUUCACUCAGUGUUUGUCAUUUAAGAGUUGGUUAGACUAGGUCAGGGUAAUCUAUCCUGUGGUCUGUGGUUGACCACUGUUAGACUGCUAUUGAGAACCCUUUAAGUGAAGGGGACGUAGCCAGUAAACUUUGAAGGGACCCUAAGGAAGAUUAAACUUUGUCCAGAGCGGUUUCAUGUUCGGAUUCUGAAACCAUCAGUUUAUAACCUAGUUCAUUGAUUUUAUUUCUCAAUGUCUACUUUCUGUCAAUUUGAUCCAAUCUCGAUUGCGUAUGCUGUCAAAUGAUUUAGAAUUUGUGAAUAAUGGUGAUAUUGUGGACAUCACAUUUUCUUCUUUGCUAAUUUCCUUCAGCAGAUUAAACAGAUUCUCUCUUUUUAACGACUUUACAAGUCAGGCUCUUCCUCACAUGCUAAUAAUAUCCCUCCUGGCAGCACACUUCUUUCUCGUCCCCUGUUUCUCAAUGGUUCCUCUGCUUUUGCUUUAAGCUAAGUUUGCGUGUGUGCAAACACCUCCUUUCAUUUACUAUCCAGGCGGUUUGCUAAGUGGUGCUAAUGGGAUUUGAUGCACAAGGCAGUGUCUGUGUUUAAGCUGUGAAAUAUAAUCAUGGUAAUCAGGGUGCUAGUGGGCUGGUGUGGUGCCCCAUGAUUGGGUGUGGUAGAGGUUGGACCUGGCCAGUAAACUAGCUGUCUCACAGCCUCGGCACAAGGUGUUACAUCUCACACUCCUGCAGGAGGAACAGUAGGCCUAGUAGGAAGAGUGCACCAGGCAAUAAUGGAGAGCAUCUGUACAGAAAGGAUCUUCAGCCAACUGAAUUCAGUCUUUGAUUGUUCCUCUCAGUAGAUCGUUACUACAGUAUUAUGUGCAUCCCCCCCCCCCCCCCCCCCCAUGCUCCUGUUGAUUUGAAGAAAUCCAGUAAAACUGUAGUACAGUAAAGUGCGUGUCUGGUUGGACUGUUCCAUUCUACUUAGGGGUGAUCACUUUGCGAGGAAGUGUCUCCUGCAGGCUGUUUGUUGGUUUGGCCCGUAUCCAUGUUGUUGUGUUUUUGAUGUGUUUUGAGGUUGGCCCCGGCCCCAAUUGGCCUCAGAGUUCUUUAUUGUCUCGAAGACUGUUGAUGGGACUUGGGACGUUGUUGGUAGGGGGACCUACACAUAAAGCAAUCAUUGUUUUCCAGUAUUGGGAAUUACCGAUGGUGAGAGGUCAACGUAGCAUAAAAAGUUGACACAGAAUAAAAGACUCACUGUAAUGUAGUUGAUUGCAUCCUGCGGAGAAACAUAUUGUUCAUGUUUGAAGGUUUCUGGCAGUGUUUAACGCCUUCCUGUUUAGGCGGUUGGCAGGGGCAUCGAUGCGUACCUUUAGGCAGUUGGCAGGGGUGUUCGGAUUUAGGACGUCCCUUGGCCCCUCUCUCUCUCUGGUCAAGCCCAGAGCCACGUCACUCUUUCAUUUACUGUAGUCAGAAUGAACCCCUGACGCCAAAUGAAAGUUUUCUCUUUUUGGAGGAGAGAAAAAUAUGCUAAAUAUAAGUAUAUUAUAGGCUUUUUCCAUUUGUAGGGAAAUGGUUGGUGGCUUGAUCCAGUGUGCAACUGGUAACUGACUGUCUAUGGAAGCCAAUGGCUGCCAGUGGGAGAAAGCAGUGUGAUUGUUUCUGUGGUUCUGACACUGAUGUUUGGUUAUCACUGAGUGAGUUCCGUUUUUAGGAAGUAUCGCCACUGUAGGAAGCAUAGUAAAACAAAAAGAAAAUCGAAACCCCUAUCCCAUUUAUCUUUCUUGUAUGUGACAGUUAUCAGCCGUACAGUACCUACAUUAGCGUAUCAUGUCGGCUAGCAGGGAGUCUGUCUGUUUUUACGACUGUCCCGGGUCGACCUGCUUUUUCUAGGUCUGGGUAGUGCUAAUGACAUCCUCAGGGCCUGCUUACCUCAGCCUACCCAGCCUCUCUCUCUCUCUCUCUACUCAGUCCCUGACUUACAGCCUUCCAAACCAGCCACGACACUUUCACCACUCACUCUCUUUUCCACCAUACCCUACUUUUAUUGUCGGGAGUCUGCAUAAAUCUCAGCGCAGCACCCAAACAGGAAAUGGACGGACAUGCUCGCUGUCGUUUGCAUAUUUGCGAAGGGCUCCAGCCAAUAUGCACCUGGAGGGCAGGAGUUCUGUGGUUCGGUGUGGAUGGAUGGAGCCCAGUGCUAUGGAACAAAACGCUCAAGUGGUGUUUUAUUGGAGUCGCAUGCGUCGACUCAAUUUGUCAUGGACAGGAUUUUUUUUUAUGGUGGCUGACAAAUUUCAUGGGAUAAUGGCUGCCUGCACCCACCUGCUCACUGUUUUUUAUGCUAUAUAACUGUUCUCAUAUCUUCUCUUGUGUUGUUAACAACACAAACCACUACUUUAGUGACAACUCCAUCUCAUAUAAAAGGAGAAAUUUGAUGGCUUAAAAAAUAGCUUUGUAAUGGUCAAUAUUUUCUAAGCCUGUUACAAUUCCUACAUUACUUCAGAAUUCCAAUAUCGUUACCUUUCCAUUAAACGAUUGUCAAAAUGGCCUCCCUAAUAACAUUGCAGUCGAACGACGGUUCUCUGGGGAAUGGGAAACUGGCCUACUCCAUGGUCAGAAUAUGGGACAAUAUACUCAGAUCCUCAUGACUGAAUUGGAUUAUAGGCAUUUUGUACAAGUCAACACCCAACGAUUUAUAAGCAGAAUAUAAUGCCCUGAUAACCCCAAUGUGGCCUAACAAAGUUUAACAGAGUUAUUGUGCAUUCCGUGACCCAUGACAAGCAAUGUGUCAAUAGAGACAGUCUCAUGUCCUGGCUGCACAUUCUCACAGAGCAUUAAUGCUGAUUUAUUUGGCUAAAUAAGAGAUUUUAUAAGGACAGAAGUUUGCUUGUAUCUUUGCUGCUUCUUCUGGAGUUGAAGUCUCAGUACUUUUUAUUGGCUGUUGUCUUCUCGGAAGAAAUAAGGAUUUAAGCGCUUGACCUCCCAAGGGCUCUAUCAGGUUGUAGUUGAUUAUACAUUGCCAAGACAGACUAGUCCAAGGCCGUCUUCCAGUCAGUCAUUCAACCCCUCACUUUGACCAGGACUGCUACCUCUCUUCAGGCUUUAUUCUGGGGCUUAAAUUGCAGUUGAUGUUGCACAACAGUGAGUUAUUACCCCCUAAGAACUGUUGUUUAGAUCCGUCAUGGUCCUCCAAGUCUUUAAUUCGUCUUCUCUUUUGGCUCUGUGUUGGCAGAACAGAACACAACAGAACAACACUAUUAUUCAAGUUCACCAUAGCACAUUGUUAGCACGGGUCACUGACGAAGAAGCACAUCUGCUAGCACUUAAAUAGAAUAGUCAUGAUGGCCCUCCGUCGCUGCAGGUUGUAAACAAUCCCAUUUGAAAUGGCAUUAGGACAGCAGGCAGACAACAAAAUGUAUCCUGGUUAGGUUUAUAGCCCAGCUGAUAGGUGGAGGGUAACGCAGGGGGGUAGAGGAGGGGGGAUCAUUUUCAAAUGAAUGGAAUCACAUUUUUCAAGCGAGAAAGUACAUUCCCUGCGCGUUGAUUAGAUUAUCUGUAAUGUUAUAAAUGCAAGAAUGCUCGCUGAUAAAUUGCAAAAGUAACCCAUGAAUUUAGGCGUCCACCGUCAGCGAGCGCAUCUACCCCUCCACUAUCCCUCCAAACCUCUAUCCCUGCUACCCCCGGGUUACAUCAGCCUGCAAUAUAGAGCCUGAUUACACCAAUCAGCCUCUAUUGCAUUAGUGGAGAGGGACAGAGAGGCCUUUAGGACUGGUCUGUGUGGUGCAUGAGAGACCAUUGAGGAGAGAACCUAUGCAUGAGCUCUGACUGAGCCAUGUGUGUGGCUGCACGCGCUGGUAAUUGCAUUGGUUCAUAGGUUUGUGCAAAGAACAGAUAGAGAUGUGGCUUUGAGUUCUCUGGGGCAUCCAAAGAGGAAACACAAGUCGGAAAACGAGUAAAGACUACUUUCUCCCCCUUGACUGUUUUCUGAGUCAGUCGUAAUGUUCGGAAGGUCAUUUAAGUGAUGGAUCACUAACCAGCUUUUAAUUCCAAUUUUCCCGCUCCCUGGUGCUAGUCUUUUCAGUGCUGCUUUUCAUUUCCUCGAAUUGGAGAUGAAAUCAGAGCCAGAUAGCUUAAUCACAGCACACGUCAGCUCUUGUCCUUCCUCAUUUUUCACUUCAUUUAAUGUGAUUACGCUCAAUUAAAUUAAUUAAUUAAAUUAAAUCCAGCUUCAUAUCCGUCAAUACAUCCCUCUCUCUCGACAGAAAUCCCUCGCUCAUUCAGUUGCAUUAGUAAUUGAGUCAGAGAACUUGAGUACUCAUUUUUACAUUUGAGUCAUUUAGCAGACGCUCUUAUCCAGAGUGACUUACUGUAAGUAGUGAGUGCAUACAUUUUUAUACUUUUUCAUACUGGUCCCCCGUGGGAAUUGAACCCACAAUCGUGGUGUUGCAAGCGCCAUGCUCUACCAACUGAGCCACAUGGGACACAAACCGGUCGUUACGAAACCAGCUGCACAAUCUCUCUAGACAUGGAAGUUUGUCAGCUUGUCUCACAUCUUCCUGUCUAAAGGUCUCUUGUUUGUUUGUUUGAAUAUCAUGGAGGCCUAACAUAUACAGUGCAUUUGGAAAGUAUUCAGACCCUUUCCCUUUUUCCACAUGUAUUAAGAAUAAAAAACGGAUACCUUAUUUACAUAAGUAUUCAGACCCUUUGCUAUGAGACUCAAAAUUGAGCUCAGGUGCAUCCUGUUUCCAUUGAUCAUCCUUGAGAUGUUUCUCCAAUUUGAUUGGAGUCCACCUGUGGUAAAUUCAAUUGAUUGGACAUGAUUUGGAAAGGCACCCACCUAUCUAUAUAAGGUCCCACAGUUGACAGUGCAUGUCAGAGCAAAAACCAAGCCACGAGGUCGAAGGAAUUGUCCGUAGAGCUCCAAGACAGGAUUGUGUCGAGGCACAGAUCUGGGGAAGAGUACCAAAAAAUGUCUGCCGCAUUGAAGGUCCCCAAGAACACAGUGGCCUCCAACAUUCUUAAAUGGAAGAAGUUGGGAACCACGAAGACUUCCUAGAGCUGGCCGCCAGGCCAAACUGGGCAAUCGGGGGAGAAGGGCCUUGGUCAGGGAGGUGACCAAGAACCCGAUGGUCACUCUGACAGAGCUCUAGAGUUCCUCUGUGGAGAUGGGAGAACCUUCCAGAAGGACAACCAUCUCUGCAGCACUCCACCAAUCAGGCCUUUAUGGUAUAGUGGCCAGACGGAAGCCACUCCUCAGUAAAAGGCACAUGACAGCCUGCUUGGAGUUUGCCAAAAAGCCCCUAAAGGACUCUCAGACCAUGAGAAACAAGAUUCUCUGGUCUGAUGAAACCAAGAUUGAACUCUUUGGCCUGAAUGCCAAGCGUCACAUCUGGAGGAAAUCUGGCACGGUGAAGCAUGGUGGUGUCAGCAUCAUGCUGUGGGUAUGUUUUUCAGCUGCAGGGACUGGGAGACUAGUCAGGAUCGAGGGAAAGAUGAACGGAGCAAAGUACAGAGAGAUCCUUGAUGAAAACCUGCUCCAGAGCAUUCAGGACCUCAGACUGGGGCAAUGGUUCACCUUCCAACAGGACAACGACCCUAAGCACACAGCCAAGACAACACAGCAGUGGGUUCGGGACAAGUCUCAAUGUCCUUGAGUGGCCCAUCCAGAGCCCGGUGAGACCUGAAAAUAGCUGUGACACUCCCCAUCCAACCUGACAGAGCUUGAGAGGAUCUGCAGAGAAGAAUGGGAGAAACUCCCCAAAUACAGGUGUGCCAAGCUUGUAGCGUCAUACCCAAGAAGAUUUGAGGCUGUAAUCGCUGCCAAAGGUGCUUCAACAAAGUACAUUUACAUUUUACAUUUAAGUCAUUUAGCAGACGCUCUUAUCCAGAGCGACAUACGAAUUGGUGCAAAGUACUGAGUAAAGGGUCUGAAUACUUAUUAUUAUUUUAUAUAUUAUUUCCGGGGGGGUUUUCUAUACAUUUGCAAAAAUGUCAAGAAAUCUGUUUUUGAAUAAGGCUGUAACGUAACAAAAUGUGGAAAAGGUCAAGGGGUCUGAAUACUUUCCAAAUGCACUGGAUAUUAUUCAUUUUGAUUGACAUGUAGGGGCAACUUCACAGUGUGCCUUAACACUAGGCUUAGAACGAAGAGAAGUAUAUUAUAAACAACUACAGACCGACAAAGCUGCUACUAGGAGCUGUUGAAGUGGACAAGACACAGUGCCACAGUAUUUAAUGCCCAGUAGGGUUACCAUAGAUGGACUGAGCUCCUCUAUGGCCUUGUCUUCAUCUAGCCAGCCACACACACACACUGUGAUGGUUUACCUCAACAGACAGAAAGUGGAAAUUUAAUUAGGGCAGGAUAAUCUUCCUGUCCUCUUUUCAAUACAACAAACGUUCUCUUCAUUUGUACAGACAGACAAUACUACAUUUUAUAAAAGGCUUGAAUGGAGACAGUUUAUUCAAUCACAACAAAUAGAUUCUUGCCUUGGCUGUAUACAAAUGUUUAUUCUGUCAGAAUUGACGAGCAGAAAGAGCCUUUAUGCAACAGGUUGUUUUUCAUCAUACUCUUCUUGAGACACUGCUUUGAGUGCCUCUUUGUGAAUAGCUAUGCUCUCACCAUUAGCUAGCCAUUGGCGCUUCAGAGUUAACCGCUAGCUAGCUUGCUAGUGCUAGCUAGGUACCAACACAAGUCAUCUGCAGCUUGGGCCAUCAUGACGUAGAUUGGUUGAAUACGGAGUCACUCUUAUCUAAUAGACAUACAAACUAUAUCAUACCAGCCCACAUCUUGCAAUCCUUCAGAAUUGGUUGUGAUUGAUAGCACACCCUCCUACUGUCAUGGUUCAUAUUGAAUGAUCACUGAUUAUAUACUGUAUUGACAUGGUAGUAGGCCUGAAGUUUUGGUUUCAUGGUCAUUUAGAGGAUGUUACAUUAGAUACAGACCGAUCCAAUACACAAUCUACUGAUUUUAAUGCAGAAUGUAGGUCAAUUGGAGCAGGACAUUUUAUUACACUAUGUCCCAAUGAUAUGCUAUCCAUAAACCUCACAAACUAACACACCUGGACAGGACCACUGGGAUGGAAAAGAUGGAGGGUCCCAUUUUAAGUUAUACUGUGUUUUCUGCACCAUCAAAAAUGUCACCUUCAGUUGAGCUGAGUGAUUGACACGUCGUCUUCUCUGCAGGGGCUGAUCAAGAUCAGAGGGGACCGCUGCUGGAGGGACCUUACGUGCAUGGACUACCACUACGAGGUCUGUGUGUGUCUCUGUGCGUGUGUGUGUGUGUGUGUGUGUGUGUGUGUGUGUGCUCAGUGCAGUACAGUUCCCUCAAUCCUUGUGGGCCGUGCUUGUUGGCAUCUUGUCGUCAGGGCUUUCCCAUGGCCUGUGCUGUACUGGGUCGUGCAGAGUUCAGGCCAUGGCAGAUGAUUCUUAUCAAUUGCCUGUUGUCCCUAACUGGGUUAAACUAAUCACUUUAUUAUCUAUCUUCCUGUGCCACACCAUUGGAUCGACUGCUCCUGUCUGGCUGGCCGAGGACAGACCAGUGCUUCCCCAAGCUAGAUAUUCUCCCCAGGCUAAACAAGAAGCUUACACAUACACCUAAACAUUCGAUUGAAACCGACUGAGGCAAUGGUUUAAGACUUGGUCCUGGAUAAGAAAUAUUAGUUAUGUUUACGUAGUGGGUGACAAUACAUUUCUUAAAACAUAUGAUAGGAUACAGCUCAGAAAAACAUAUUGGGAACCACUGUCUGCCACAACGGCUGCUAGACAAGCCUCAUGUUGGGUUUUCUCCAUAGGAAGGGAGCACACUGUGUCAUUUCUAGACUAUAAAGCACACAGCUGGGAGAUGAGGCGGGAUGAAGCAUUUUGUCUAAUGACAGAGACCAGGAAUACACCAUGUCUCCCUGGAGUCUGACUGACUAUGGUUUUUUAUGGCCUUGGAAAAAGUCCCCGAAAGGUCUACUGUCCUUAGGCUGGACUGCACUGAUGCAUACAUACUGUACUGACAUGCUCUGUCUGGGUAGAAUUUACCCGCAGAUCUAUGAUCAGCUUCCCCUCACCAAAUCCUAACCUUAACCAUCAAGGGGAGGACACGUUAAACUGACCUUGGAUCGAUGUUCAUGGGCGACUUCAUCCUACUCCACUCUAACCAACUACAAAGAUUUUUAAGAGACUAAUAUUGACACUAGGAACCUCUCUUCAUUGUACAGUAUAGGAGGUUUCACUUCACUGCACUAUACAGGUUUUAGCAUAUGACAAACCCAUGCUUAGUCUGUUAGCCUUGUCCAGCACUGCUCCUCUUUGCUCUGUUUACAAGCACACCCGCGAUAACAUCUGCUAAACACGUGUAUGUGACAAAUAAAAUUGGAUUUGAUUAGAUUUGUUUGCCUGCUGGGUGGAUUUCCCAUUAAAUGGGAAACAUGGUUAUUUUCUUUGGUCAAUACGACUCCCUCUUUGAUUUCUUUAUGCCUGCCGUUUUAAGACCCUGCCUUUAGCAAGUUAUAGGCCAUAAAGAGUCAUGAUAUAAGGAACAGACCAGUUGAUUUGAGUUAACUGUGUGUUCAAUGGCCUAAUUUGCUGUCCUAUAAGGGGGACAGACAGGGUGGGUGAAACAUUGAACAUACAUUUAAAAGUCUAACUGGCCUAGCAUGGCUUCCAAUUUGUGGCCAUGAUUUUUUGAUUUAUGUUCCGUAUUUGUGGGUUAGUGUUUGUCUUUGGCUGUUUGUUCAUGUGUUUUUAAGUGGGUAAGUCUGUCCAUGUUAAUUUGUGUCCGUGUUAAUUUGUCACUCCUCUAACUUAUCAGUAUUGUCAUAAUUGUUGCCUUUGAAUUUUACCUCACCCCCUUACCAUCUCCCUCUCUAAACCCUGUUAACUCAAAGGGACCUCUGUCAAUGGACCAUCACACCUAUCUGAGAGAGUCUGCUGAGAAACAGGGGCCCAUUGAGCCCCCUGUUACAGAUACAUCAGCCUACAUUGUCAGGGCUUCACUUGGAGGCAAAUGGGUUUCUGGCAGCAGUGGUGGUCAGCCAAGUUAACCUGUAUAGAUCAGAGACUGUUAAUGAUCGCCUUGUAGAAUUUGACAAAAAGUGUUAAAAUAAAGGAAACAUUCCAAUAGUGUUUGUGUUCAACCUGGAUGUCCAUGUUGUUUAACCUGGGGUUAUGGAAAAGCAUAAAUGGGAGCCUGAGGAAUCCGACUCAGUACCUCCAUGCAGGCAGACAGGCCCAUAUCCCCUUCUAAACAUUGACCUGCCAGCUCCAAACCUGUCAACACCCCCAGGGGUAAAGCAGAUUAACAUUUCACCCACCGGAAGCCAAGGGCGCCAGGCAAGGUUUGCCUGCCCCCCCCCUUGACCCUAACACACUGCUCCCUUUCAGCCUCCAAUCUCUCAACUCACGGCAGGGCCACCCAGUGCAAUGCAUCCUGGGUAAGAAGUCUGCAGAGGCUAUAUGAGGCUGGCUGAGGGGGUUGGUGGGUGUUUAGUUUGUGUUAGUUUGUUUGCUGUGUGCAUGCUGGGGUAUGUUUGUCUCUCUCUCUCUCUCCUCUCUCUCCUCUCUCCCCCUCUCUCCCUCUACCUCUGCACUGAAAGAGCUCUCUCAGGACAUUUCUAAAAUAGGCAGUAGCUUUACUUAGCCCUGGAAACCUUCCUGAAGGUGUGGCGUUAUAAUUGUACACUGUUUCCCCACGCCAUUCUGUUCCAUGGUUUUAUGCCAAAACAAUGAGGGGAAAAAAACUUAUUUUGAGCUAUUUUACAUUUAUGAUCAGCUACAUUUCAUGUUUGGCACAAGCUGUCAUUUGGGCAAUCAUUGUAGCCAGUGGGAAAGUUGGUAGGGAUGUUAAGUUACACAGUAUCUCACUGCCAUUGAUCACCAUGCAAAUGCAGUCAUUGGAGUGACACCAGGUAAAUCCAUGCAAACAUAGAGGUCAUUCAGUGUUAUGUGGGAUGAUCUGCACUUUCAUUAGCUUAUCUGUACCAUUAGAUGCAAACACACACCUUACCACUCAUGCUAUGGUAAUAACCUAUCUUCCCUUUGUCUCUAUCCCUUUGUCAUUGCUCAUAUUUGAGUAUCGAUAUGGUUAUUUUCAAACUGAGACAAAUGGAUUUUUCCUUGACCUGGAAGUACUCAUGUCGUAACCUCUGUGACGCCUGCGGUUGUGCUCUCCCUGGGUGUCAAUCUGUGGUCCUCUCUGGCUCAUCCCAGUUCUGUGGUUGAUUGUGGUGGGUUAGAUAGCCCCUCUCUCCAGGCCCCAAAAUAAAGGAGUGAAGGUACUGACUCCCAGCUCCCCUCUGUAAUGCCAUCUCUGGAGAUGUUCUGGAGAGUACUGUUGCUAACCACACGGUGCAAUGCCUUGGUGUGUGUGUGUGUGUGUGUGUGUGUGUGUGCCUGCCUGUCUCCAUCUGUCUGUAUUCUGAUUCUCUUUCUCCCUCCAGACUCAGCCGGUGCCAAACCCCAUGUCGUACUAUAUGCACCAAUCCCCAUGGUGGUUCCAUCGCUUCGAGGUUCUGUCCAAUCACUUAAUCGAGCUCAUCGUCCCUCUCUUCACCUUCCUGGGGCGACGCAUGUGCAUGGUCAACGGGACGCUGCAGAUAGUCUUCCAGGUGAGUUGACGGUAGAAACUGAUUUGAGGUCAGUUUUGUUUUUCCCUAUAGUGGUGGAGGUUAGGAUUUUGGGAGGGUAACUGAUCCCAGAUCUGUGCCAAAGAAUAAGAAUUCCUGGAGUAGCUCUGACAUCACAUUGCCACCUGGUGGAACCAUUGGUGCAUGACAGCGGUUGUAUGGCAACUGCAGUCAUCAGUUUGAUGAAUGGAGUGUUAUUCAGAGCCAGCUAUAAUUGAAUGAAUACAGGAAAUCAGGACUUUCCCCGCUGCAGUAUGCUGAACUAUUAGCCAAAGUAGAUGAUCCUCAUCGAUUAUAUCUUUCUGGCAGUACCUUUGGAGGAAUCUAAACACUACUCCUUGUCUUUUCUCCCCAUCUACUCUCUCCUCCUUCUCUACCCUCCGUUUCUCCUCUACCCUCCGUCGCUCCUCCUCCACCCUCUCCUCCCUCUUCUAGGUGACUCUGAUAGUGAGUGGGAACCUGAGCUUCCUCAACUGGCUGACCAUAGUUCCCAGUCUGGCCUGUUUUGACGAUGCAUCUAUGGGGUUCCUGUUCUCGUCUGGCCGAGGGGCCAAGCAAGCUGUACUGGACCUCCAGGCUGAGGAGGCUGCAGGACGGACCCCCAAACCCACCAGGGGUACCUCCUAAACAGACAUGAUUUCUCCUAAACGAGCCUAACCUGUUAUCCAUCAUUCUGGGUAUUUAGUAUUCUCCUGGAUUUCUGGGUAUUUAUUUUCAGCCAGUUGGUGUUACAGAGGCCCUGUUAUCCUGUCUGGGUGUUUUAUGAUUGGGACUAAUGAUGGCAGGCAGAGAGAGGGAAAGGAGGUAUUACACCAGCCUUUAACAUGACUACCGCUCUACUGGGUAGGCCCGACUGCUCUGUGUGUGUGUGUGUGUGUGUGUGUGUGUAUGGGUUCCCCUUUCCCACGUGCCAAGCUUAGCUGUGUGUGUGCAUUUACAACCCCUAAGAGCAGUGAUUGAGUGGGUCCACAUGGGCACCCUCGCUGCCACCUCCACUCCCCACCCUCCAAUCUCGAUCUCCAACACCGACAUCUGGCUGUAGGCACAUCUGGAGCAGGCUAGCAGGCUAUAGGGCCUUGACAGAUGGUAGACAACACCAGGGUGCUGGCAGGGGGUAUUAGGCAUUACUAAUCACACAUUACCAAUGUGACUGGGUGCCUGGCAGUUGGCACAUGAACAUAAAGGAAAGAGUUUACGAUUUGGACAUGAUGGGAGGAGUAUGGAUUAGUGCUGGGACAGCUGAGGAGAGGGAGGAGGGAAUGGAACGACAGAGAGACAGCUGGAGAUGGCGUGGAAGAGAGUGAUAGAGAGAGAGAGGAAGAGAGAGAAAGUUAGAAAGUGAGUGAGUGAGGAAGGAAUGCCCAUGUGGUGUGUAAUAGCAGGAAUAGGGUCUAGCUAAUUGGUCUCCCAGGAAUUGCUAAUGGCUUUAGUUUUAUGUUGGGUAAUAUCUGCUAAGUGGGCCUAAAAUUCUCUAUCUGCACUAUGGCUGCUUUUUAGCAUUUCUUUUGGUCAUAAAAGUCAAUUCUUUAAGUCAAACAACAGGUAUAGUUCUGAUGGAUGGUUUUAACAUGUGUGGGACGGGUUGGCAUUUCAAUCUGAGACAGGUAGUAGGGAUUUGGAGCUGUCAGCUCCUUCAGUUGUCAGUGGCUAAAUGCCUCAUGACCUCAUAGGCUAAGCCCCUCUCUCUGGCUACUGCCAGAGGGAUCUUGAGUUCCACACACACAGGCACACACUUCCUCCUUUUUUUCAUCUCCAUCCUAUGUCCUUCUAGGUAUGCUUAUUCGUCGAGUGGUGAAUGUGGCUCUGGGCAUUCUGAUUGGCUACCUGAGUUUUCCUGUGGUGCUGAACCUGCUGAGCUCCAAACAGGUGAUGAACACGUCGUUCGACCCACUCCGCAUCGUCAACACCUACGGGGCCUUCGGCAGGUAUCAUUCUCCUCUUCCUCUCUCUUUUUAUUUCAACACUUUCUACAUCUCUCCACUUGAUCAGUCCUAACUGCCACAUCCUAUCAUUCUAUUCUUCUCUGGUCAUCUCUCCUUUUCUCUACUCUCUGCCAUCCUUUUAAACUUUCCCUCUCGCCCUCUCUCUCUCCCUUCCUCCCUCUCUGUGCAGUAUCACUAAGGAGCGGACUGAGGUGAUUCUGCAGGGUACUCUGAAUGCGGACCCUAAGGACCCAGAGGCUGUGUGGGAGGAGUACCAGUUCCUUUGUAAGCCAGGGGACCUGACCCGACGCCCAUGCCUCAUCUCCCCCUACCACUACAGGCUUGACUGGCUCAUGUGGUUCGCCGCCUUCCAGGUACAGUCAGUCUGGGACUUAGCAAAGACCUUUGAACUAUUGUACACGGCUCUAACUUGACAUAAGAAUCAGGGAUUCUGUUUAAUUUGUUUUACUGUUUGUUGGUUUUGUGGGACAUUCAUGCCUUGGAUGUGUGCGUCUCCAUCCCUGUCCAAAGUGCCUGCCCCACAAACAAUGAUCCCAAUUGCCAACAAGCAGCGAUUAACAGGGCUGUAAGAUACUUACAGCAAAUACCCACUGGGGGCGCACUAGUUUACAUGUAAUAUUACUUAAGUAUUUCCCUUAUGAAACACUAUUGAGUGUCUCAUUGGUUAAAAGCUGGCUAACUCUGUGUCCCCAUGGUCUCAGUCUGGACCCAGAACUACCUGCUCUGAGUAAUUUCCUCUGUCUGGGCUAGCGGCCCACACUAUUCUUAACUCCUGCUACAGCUCUCUCAGGUGUAGUUCUGGCCAGAGACUCGACCGUGUGGCUCGCUGUUUUAUUGUCCCCUUCUCAGGGCAUAGGGUUUCCCACUGGUUUACAUCCAAUCCCAGAACCAAGAAAAACCCAGUCAGACAUUUUGGCAAGAGGGGGAAGGUUUAUUAUGUUGCAGAUCGGCUCAAUAUCUGCUCAAAAGUUUGGAAUGGUAGACUGCUUCAGAUUGAGACGUCUUUGUUCGAUAUGACAGUUGAUCUUUCACUCAAAUGUCCCCGGUUUUUCUCUCAUCUUCAGCACACCCUCUUUCUCCAUGUAUUUAACCCUCCUCUCUCUUACAUCUUCUCUAUCUCCUUCUCUCUCACUUUGUCAGACCUAUGAGCAGAGUGAGUGGGUGAUCCACAUAGCAGGCAGACUGUUGGCCAACGACACAUCAGUCCUUUCACUGAUGGAAUACAACCCGUUCCAGGGCAGAGACAACCCCAGGUACACUGACAUUGACUAACACAGAGGAGAAUGGUAGCCCUUUGUUUUAAAGCCCAUAAACCAAGUACUCCACUACAUGAUAAAAAAUGAAGAUAAAGUAAAUCAGUUUGAUACGUACUAUGUGUGAGUUUCUGUAGUACAUACAUUUCAUAUGAUUAAAAUGGCCAGAAGUUGCCGUUGGAGACAGCUGCAUUGAAGGCGUAACCGAUCUCAGCUGUGCUGUGCUGAGGCAGAAUGGAAGUGGAAGGUUGUGUGUGUACGUUAGAAUACAUGCAAGCCUCACGUUCUCUUUAAAUAAAUAAAAGAUAAGCCUUGUCCUCUAGCCCCCUCUAGUGGAAUGUUUCCUCUCGAAAUGAAAUGUGUCCUUGUAUUCUCGCUGUCAGUCACACUAACCAUUCCUCUCUCCUCUCCCCACCCCCCUCUUCCUUCCCCAGGUGGGUCCGAGGAGAACACUUCAAGUAUAGGUUCAGCCUGCCUGGCAGUGCCAGUGCUGCCCAGGGAAAAUGGUGGGUGAGGAAACGUAUUGGAGCCUACUUCCCCGCUGUGGAUCUGGCUGCUCUCAGGGGAUACUUUAAGUCCCGGAACUGGCCCCAUCCUGACCUUUGACCUACUGUAUGUCCAAUCACACUGAUGUACUCCAUGAGCGAUGGAUGCCUGAGACACCAAGGUAUCGCGCCCCCUUAUAAUUUGGGAUCAAAUACGCUAUGAAAGCAAACAUGUUGACAUGUGGUCAUUGGAGAACCCUGAUAUCGGGGAAUUUCUGCCACUCUGAAAAAAUGAUAUUCCAUUUUUGUUCAUCUAUGUUGCCUUUCUCCAGCAUGUCAUGUUGCCAUCUACUGCAUGCACUAAAGAAUGACCAAUCCUUCCCGUGAAUAGGGACAUGCCACUGUGCCACAAUAGGAGAGUUGAGGGGAUGACCCACCGUCCAUGUUGGGCUCACAUUGCAAGACAGACAGACUGUAUCAUCAUUGUGUCUUUUCAUAAUAAAAGGUAUAUUUUGGAACAAUGCUAGACUUUUCAUGUAUUUUUGCCUUUUGUUUGGUACGCCUAGCAGGUUGUCCAUCAACUGACCUAGUGGUUUAAAUCAUCCAAUGAAAGAGGCUGAGUCCUUCCCUCAAAUAAAGUGACUAGAUUGACAUUGCAGUGUUGUACUACAUACAAAUUCCCCUAACUGUUGUAUGUCUUUGUGUUAUGUGGAUCUGAUAGUGAUCCAAUGAAUAAAUGCAUAAAAAG